AUGGUAAAUGAUUGCAUAGACUAUGCUCGAAGGUGUCAAGCAUGUCAAUAUCAUGCAAAAUUUAUCCAUCAACCACCAGAACCUCUACACCCAACAGUUGCAUGUUGGCCAUUUGAUGCUUGGGGACUUGAUGUGGUUGGCCCAAUUACGCCUAAGUCAUCUGCAGGGCACGCAUACAUACUAGCUGCCACCGACUACUUCUCAAAGUGGGCGGAAGCUGUGGCAUUGAAGGAGGUGAAGAAAGAAAAUAUUGCAGACUUUCUCUGUGUCCACAUCAUCAAUCGAUUUGGUAUCUCGCGAUAUAUCUUAACAGAUUACGGUAAGCCCUUUGACAACAAGUUGAUGGACAAGAUCUGCAAGCUUUUUGACUUUAAGCAGCGAAACUCAUCAGCUUACUAUGCAGCUGCAAAUGGGCUUGCUGAAGCUUUUAACAAGACCUUAUGCAAUUUGUUGAAGAAAGUGGUCUCAUAG